CACCAUCUGCCUCUUCACAAGUGCAAAUGUAUCGAAAAAUAAUUGCGUUGGUCGUCAUGUCACUUCCACUGAUUCUGAGCCCCCAGGUUUUUGGGCUCGCGACAGACGGUUUGAUCAAUCUGAAAAAUAUUACAGGCAAGCUCAGCUUCAUUCAGAGGGAAGGAAAUGUUACUUAUCUGCGGGACAAGGAGCUGGCCACGGAAGUUCCAACCGAGACAAAGUUUGAACUUUUCGAUCCAAUGAACACUUUACGCACUGCCAGAUUCAACUAUACCUGGGACUUCGGCAACGGAGAGGUGCUGAAGGGAUCGGAGCCGUCUGUGCACUAUAACUACUCAUCCCCUGGAAACUACACUCUGCGGCUGAGAGUUGGGGCCCAAGUGAACAAUACCUCUACUCCACUCACUGGGGUAUACACCAUGGACGUUACAGUUUUGGACACCAUCAGAAAUAUUGAAUUGAGCCCUUUGAGUUUCCAGGUUUCCAGAAACAACAGUCUGGUUGUUCAUGUGGAUGGAAGUCCUCCCAUGUGGGUCUGUUGGAGGUUCCUACAGAACUGUGAAUCGGCAACCCCUACAGGCUGUCACCUGACCAUGCUGUAUGAGAACACCAUGACACUGAACCACACCUUCACAGCUUUAGGAGUCCACUGUCUGGACAUCAGCGCCCGCAACGACAUCAGCAAACUGCAGACCUCCUACAACAUCUUUGUGAGGAGAGAUCCCUCUUUUAACCUGCUCUUCAUCAUGAUAUGUGCUUGGAUUGUCUUGGCAAUCCUCGCCUUCAUCGCUGUUAUAGCCUGUCGCCACAAGAAAGGACGCAACAGCAAUCCACAGAUGUCUAAGUCCAGUAACGCCACUUACUCCAGUAUGAACAUGGAACUGCAGCCACAACAGAACAUCCCUGAUAUCAGUAGUGAUCUCUAUGUGUCCGGGCCAAAGAACGAAGAGGUCCAACCCCUUCUACAGCACGGGACCAGAUCUGUCGCCAAAUCCUACCGCAACUAGUCUUCAUUUACACACUUUGAUUUGAGCUUGUUAAUAGUUUGCCAUCAAUGUAUAGUUUGAGAUGAAUAUACAUUACCAGUAAAAAGUGUGGACACACCUAAUCAUUACAGGAUUUUUCUUUAUGUUUACUAUUUUCUACAUCGUAGAAUAAUAGUGAAGACAUCAAAACUAUGAAAGAACACAUAUGGAAUCAUGUAGUAAGCAAAAAAAGCGUUAAACAAAUCAAAAUAUAUAAAGAUUCUGCCUUGAUGACAGUAUUGCACACUCUUGGCAUUGUCACUCCAAUAUCACAUGAAUACACAUUAGACAUGGCAAAAGUUUCUCCACCAACGAGCGAUGUGAACAGUUUGUGACUUGAACAGUGCUUGUGUCCAUAGAAAUAGAUGUGGUACGCUCGCGGGGCGGGGGUGAUGAGACCUGCUAGUAACCCUGUAGGGAACGAUUCUGAUGGCUAUUACUUAAAGAUACUGGCUGUCAACAUCUAUAGAACAUGUUUACAAAAUGAUUGGAUGGAAUGCCAAGAAAGUCAAUGAUGAAAGUAAAGAUAAAUCAAGUGUCUUUGUCAGCAAGAAGUCUUGUUAUAUUUACAUUGUUAUACACUGGUUUUUGGCCCCCAAAAUUGAUGUAUUUGUUGGAUAAUCGACAUCUGUCGCCGUUAUUUCUACAUAUUUAUCUUGCUGCUCAUGACUACCAAAAGGUACCAUCGUUAUGUAUCUGAAUGGUAUCUUACAAUACAAUCUAACUUGAGUUGUAGGCCUACUUCAUGUUAUAUACCCACAAUCAUUAAAUAAUAUGAAUUGUU